CGAGGCCACCGUCAUGCCCCACGUUUCAUACCCUACCAGUGGAGUAGAGUAGACGCUCUAUCGAGGCAGCUGUCGUGGCCAUUCCGUUCCAGUGCUACCGCUUACUUUCUACGAUAAAGAUAUGGAAAUGUACUCAAUCUACAUAAAUACUCGAGUACCCCUUCCAGACUGAAGGUAGCACUUCUACAGGAACAUCCAAAGCUCUUCCUCCUGACCUUUAUUGAGCCUGCAUUAUUCUCAUAUUAUUGCUCAUCUCUGCUACAUUCAAAACACCGUUCAUGAUGGCGGACUUCAAACCCUACAGCGAGCAGCCCGAGCUCCAUACCAAAGCCCCUUACCGCGCUGCUAUGCUCACCCAACCUGCAAAUCUCAAGCAAGCGCUUAAAGACGCUCAAGCUGAUGCGAGUAAGAGUCUCAUGGGUAUCGCACAAGGCAUCCCAAGUACCUUUAUGACGAAGUUGAUCGCAUCCACGAAGCCAGAUUUCAUCUGGUUCGAUGUGGAGCAUGGCAUGUACAACCGGUUGACAUUACACGAUUGCAUCCACGCCGCACAGCAUCACUCGGAGGGAAAAUCAAUGGCCAUCUGCCGUGUACCAAAAAAUGACGAAAUCAGCCUCACAACAGCACUUGAUGCAGGUUGUGCCGGAAUCGUCAUCCCGCAUGUUGAGACCGCCCAAGAAGUCAAGGACUUCAUGAAAGAGAUGUACUUUGGCGGCGGCAAAGGCCACCGUUCAUUCAGUCCCUGGACCUUCACUCCUGGAAUGACCCAGUCUCUCUACCCCAACGAUGCCUACCAGGUGCAGACAGCGAACAAUCACGUCUGUAUCAUCCCGCAGAUCGAAUCGGUCAAGGGUGUUGAGAACUGCGAGGAGAUUGCUGCAGUAGAAGGCAUCUCUGGUCUCAUGUUCGGCCCUGGAGAUUACAUGAUUGAGGCUGGUAUGGAUAUCGAUGGAUUCUUGAAGGGAAACCCUGAUCCCAAGUUCUUCGAGGCGAUGGGCAAGUUCAAUGCUGCGGCCGCCAAGCAUGAUUUACCUAUCUUUGGUGGUGUGAUGGGGGUAGACCAGAUACCAAUGGCCAUUCAGUCAGGUAUGCGAGCAAUUGCUGUGCAGUUCGAUGUCUGGGGCACUACACGACUCUUUGCAAAUUCUUUGGAAGAGGGCUGGAAACAUGCAAAGAGCUUCGAGGGAAACCCGAAACCGAGUAUGGCGGACGGACAGGCGAAGACGCCUUGAUAAGUUUGGUUAAUGAAUGGAGGAGCUCGAUU